AUGAUUUUAUCAAAAUAAAAUUAUGACGGAAAAAGAAUAGACACUAAUAGAAAAUUGAGAGAAGAGGAAAAAAAUAAAAAUUAAUUCAAUAGCAAUUUUUAUUAGAAUAAAGAAAAAAGGAGUUACAGCUAUAAAAAUAAAAAGAAGAUGAAGAAUAGAUAAUUAAUUUGUAAAAAGUAACGAGAAGAAAAAUCUCUAUAAAUAUAGAAUAGAGAAGCAACAAAAUAAAAUCUGAGAAAUCAGAAUUAUCUCAUUUUGAAUCAUUAGAACUAUUAAUUGAUGAAAAAAACAAGAAACAUUAAAGAUAGAGAACGAUAUUAUCAACAAUGCAAUAAAUUGAUUAUCUAUGGAAGGGCAGAUUAGAAAAGAGAAAGAGAAAUGUAUAAAUUAAUUGUUGAAUAAUAAAUGAAAGCAUGGCAACAAAUAAAAGAAAAGAGAAAAAAGACAAAAGAGUUCCAAUAAUUAAUAUAUAAGGAAUAAACUUAAAAUGGAUCGCAAAAGAAUUUAAAAUAAGAGGAUUCAUACAGAAAUGUACCUUAAUUUUACAAUAUUAAAUAGUUUUAUCAGAGAUUGUCAGAAAGAUAAAAUGCUUUGUAAGAUAUCUAUCGAUAAAAGGUUGAUAAUCCAAAGCUAUAGCUUGAUUAUAUUUUUGAUUAGUAACUAAAGGAAAGGUAAAACAAAAAGAUUAUGAAUACAUAACAAAAAGAUAGCUUUAGCAAAAGUAGAAGGAAAUGA